AUGGAGAAAAGCUUUGUCCUUCGAGUGAAUGGUGGAGAUGAUGCAUUCAGCUAUGCCAACAAUUCUGCCCUUCAGAAAUUUGUGAUGUCAAAAAUGUUGCAUGUGUUAGAGGAAGCAAUCGAAGAAAUGUUCGUUACAAAAGGAUUCAAGAAAUCUUUCAAGUUUGUCGACCUGGGCUGUGCAUCGGGGCCAAACACUUUGAUAGCAACAUUUUAUGUAAUGGAAACCAUUAAAAACAUAUGUAGAGACGGGAGCUUGCCUCAGUGCGAGGUUUAUUUGAACGAUCUUCCAAACAACGAUUACAACAAUUUAUUCCGAAUGUUGCCUAAUUUUCAUCAGAGGAUGGAAAAUUGCUUCAUAUUCGGCCUUCCGGGAUCAUUUUAUGGAAGAUUGCUGCCUAACAAUAGCCUUCAUUUUGCUUACUCAUGUUAUAGUCUUCAUUGGCUCUCACAGAUUCCUGAAAGGGUGGGAAGGAGAAACAAAGAAAAUAUUUGUGUUGCAAGAACAAGCCCUAGAGAGGUAAUCGAAGCUUAUGCGAAGCAAUACCAUAGGGAUUUCAUGAAGUUUUUGAAAUGUCGAGGAGAGGAAAUGAUUUCCGGUGGCAAAAUGGUUUUGGCAUUUAUCGGAAGAAAAACUACAGAUCAAUCUUCCAAAGAAGACACAUUGGGACCUCUCGGAUUGCUUGGAGAGACACUUUCGAACAUGGUAGAUGAGGGCCUCGUUAAUAAGGAAUAUUUGUAUUCAUUCAAUGUGCCGGCGUAUGCUCCAAGCCGAAAGGAAGUCAACAAAAUCAUUGAGCAAGAAGGGUCCUUCAAAAUUGACAAAAUUGAGGAUUUCGAACUUCCAUGGGAUGCCAAUGGGUACGAGCAUGACAAUACUAAGAUUGUCGAUAGAUACAUAAGUGGAAAACUAAUAGCAGAAGGAAUGCGCGCUUUCAUUGAGCCAAUGCUAGUUUAUCACUUUAGAAACAGCACCAUUAAUAUCGAUGACCUAUUCAACAGAUACGCACAAAAGGUGGCUAACCAUAUACGUUUCGUAGGAGGGACACCAUCGUACGAUAACUUGCUAUUGUCUUUGCAUCGAAAAUAA